AUGGCAACAACUCGCCGAAAUGGACAGCUGUCAUCAUGCGAGCCUUGUCGGAAGUCCAAACUACGAUGCGACCACCAAAGCCCCAUCUGCAGUCGAUGCCUCGGACGGGGCGAGCGAUGCUUCUAUCAUCCUGCUCCGCUGACUCAACCCCGGGCCCCCAAGGCGAUCCCUCGAAAGCCAAAGAGACGUUUGGACAGUCAACUGGUAUUCCGUGUCGACCAGAGAAUCUCCAGAACGGCUGCUCUAAGCCCGUCCAAUUCACCAGCCACGGAUGAGAAUUCGGUAUGCGAUCAGCAAAUCGAGCAAUGGGCUCCGAAGGAAAAGCGAACUCUCAAACCGGGCUUUCUGGGCUUGGUUUCACCUCAAGAUAUCUUCAGUGAGUAUGAAGAUAGCCUGCCUGUUGAGGGACCAGGCCGCCUAUUGGGCUCAACAGUAGCACAUAGUGCAUGCCCAUCUAGCGAUUCAAAUCAAGUAUUGCUAGGAGCUCAGAUCUUGUCACAUUUGCAGAAGAUCCGCUGGUUCUCUGAGAUUAUUGAAUCGAAGGACAAGAUAGCCCCAGGAUGGGUUUUGGGUCCUCCUCUGAAUCGAGCGUUACUCAAUUCUGUUGAACAAAUGUACGAUUCGGCAGUGCGUGGCUCCCAGGAUACACAUGCGUCGUUACUCAAACUGUCUCGUCAGAUUUUCGCCAACACAUCAGAGGAUAUUCGGACAACUUCAGAAAUGGAUUUGGUACAGUAUUUCGACUCGACAGCGGCUAGAUGGGAAACAGUUGGGCUUGUCUUCGUCAUGUUAGGAUCAGCAUUAUUUCAUAUUCGUGAUGACGACCCGAUCUUCACACAUCGCAACCCAUGGAAGCUUGAAAAAAGCAAGCUUACAAGCAUUGCCUGCACCGUGAGUGAUACUUGCUGGCAAUUUUGCAAUGCCAUCGGAGCAGCUAGUGACACACUUUGCUGGUUGACAACCCAGCAAAUAUCUCUUUUAGCCAUGAUGUUUGGCUACACUGACUACCGGGUCUGGCAAAAGCUCGGAGACAUAUCCACAGUUAUUUACGGAUUUGGUCUACACCAAUCUGGAGAACAUGUCGAUCAAAGCAUCCCGUUCUUCCUCGUGGAAUUACGAAAGCGGAUCAUGGCUUGUGCUUAUGGAAUGGAUAAGGACCUGGUGACUUUUCUAGGGCGUCCCCCACGCAUAUGCUCUCGAUACUGCAGUCUUCCACUUCCCCUUGAUAUUACGUAUGAUGAAAUGGUUCGCCCCCGAAGCGACGGAGAGAAUGGCUUUCAAAACGUCGACGCCGACGGAUGGAAUACCGAUGGCAAUCUGACUGUUGCCGCUAAGCUUCGUGUCGCGCUGCUCGCGUGUCUGUUGCGGGAAAGUAUUCUUGAGUUAUCUCUGAGCCCAGAUAUAACGGAUAUUCCGGCCAAAGUCGAAAAGUUGAUACAAGAAUGUCGCCAGACACAACAAAAACUUCCCUCGUUUAUGCAAUGGUCUCCGGAGCAAGCUGCGGCGGGAGUUUACACAUCCCCACGAGACGAAGGCCGCGCAUUCGCUCAUGUAGAAUUUACGUAUCAGGAAUUUUUACUGCACCGAAUCCUAUUGAAGCGUGUUGGGACAGCCUCACAAGGUCUCAUUGACAGCUCCCUUGAGAUUAUCACCACAUUGGUGGACACCACUAUCGCCAUACAAACUAGAUCAGAUAAAUCGCCUGUGGGAAUUUCUUGGGAUUUAUGCUACAUGGGUCUUCCUGCCGCCGGCAUUCUGACCUCGAAACUACUCUCCGACCACAGCUCUGGGAUAUCGUUUCCAUCUCUAGCACCACUAUCCUCAAACGUUCGAACACUCAUUAUCCAAAAGCUCAAUGCUUAUCUUUCGCAUUUGACCUUCCAGGUCCAGCCGUACCAAGGAAAUUAUGAUACCGUUCAACAAGGUGCAACAUAUAUUCGCUGGGUGCUUGACAAAAUCCAUUCCACUGUUUCUUCUGAAGCUGCUUCAUUAAGUUCCGACCUUGAUCUACCUGAAAGCUGGCUCCAUGAGUGUGAUUCACAGGGGAAUCCGGAUUUCCUGGCAUGGUUCGACAACAUUCAGUGGGCUCAGGACUCUAUUUUCAGUUUUACAUAG